AUGGCCUCGUCAAAUCCGCAAACGGUGCCAUGCGCGUACAAGACGGGCCGUACGCUCGGCCAAGGCACAUACGCUGUGGUCAAGGAAGCAGUGCACAUCAAAACAGGCCAAUACUACGCAUGCAAAGUGAUUUCGAAAAAACUGAUGGAGGGACGAGAACACAUGGUUCGCAAUGAGAUCCAAGCGCUCAAACGCGUGUCGCAGGGACAUCGAUCCAUCGUCACGCUCGUCGACUACUUUGAAACGAUGAACAACCUCUACCUGGUCACGGAUCUGUGUGUAGGAGGUGAACUGUUCGAUCGGAUCUGUGAGCGCGGCAACUAUUACGAAAAGGAUGCGGCUCAUAUCGUUCGUACCAUUGUGGAUGCAGUUGUCUACUUGCACGAUCAAGGCAUCGUCCAUCGUGAUCUGAAACCCGAAAACCUUUUGUUUAGGGACAAGACGGAAGAGAGUGAUCUUUUGAUUGCUGACUUUGGUCUGUCGAGGGUAGUGGAUGAUGAAAAGAUCACGGUGCUUUCGACCACCUGCGGUACACCCGGGUAUAUGGCACCCGAGAUCUUUAAAAAGACGGGUCACGGUAAACCCGUCGACAUGUGGGCGAUCGGCGUGAUUACCUACUUUCUCCUGUGCGGCUAUACCCCGUUCGAUCGCGACACGACAAUGGAAGAGAUGCAAGCGAUCAUCAAUGCCGACUAUCGAUUCGAACCCACGCAGUACUGGGAAGACGUUUCGGAGGAUGCCAAAGACUUUAUCAACAAGCUGCUGACGAUUGACCCUGCAAAACGUCUUAGCGCUAAAGAGGCAUUGCAGCACCGAUGGUUGCAAGAAGCGGCUCCCACCGAAGGCGGUGCUCAACCCGUCGCUAGUGCAGAACAGAAGGAUCUGCUCCCAGACAUCAAGAGCGCUUUCAACGCCAAGCGCACUUUCCGAAAGGCAGUCAACGGAAUUCGUCUCAUCAAUAGGUUGAGGACCAACGAACAGCAACCCAACAAGGAAGAGAUUGAAAAGUUGAGACAGACCAUCAGGGAGGCAGAGGAUGAAUCCAGCAAUCUGGACCAGGUCCUACUGGCGCAAGAAACUCGCGCGGCCAACUGA